GUAUUGUCACUCAUUAACUUUUUGUGUUUUGAAUGCGACAGUACCAGUGCAGUGGUAAUUAUUGUCAUUUAAUCUUUUUUCCCAUUUUUUUUUUUAACUGAUUGACUUAAUAUAUUGAUUGAUCAGAUUGUUCCACAUGAGUUUGGUAGGAUUUCAGGAUAUCCAAAUACAUUAAAAGCAUUUCACUGGAGUAAAAACCCAUCAAAAUUUUUUUUUUAGACUGAUUUAAUUGUGAUAAUUGCGGGAGAAAAAACUUAACACUAAAACCAGAAGUGAUCAAUUAAUGUGACCAGUUCUUCUGCAGGGACAUAGAAAAUGCCAAUCAGCUGGUUGUCACUUGUAGAAAAAUGUCUCGGGGGGGCGGACGACAUAAUAAAAUAGUUAUUGCUGAAAUAUGCAGGUGGUGACAGAAGGACAGCAGAGUAACUUGGUAGUGAAUGAAGAAAGCAGAUAGACUCAGUCAGCAGUGCACAAGAGUAAGGUGUAAAAAUACCAUAGUACUGUGAGUUCGGUACCUUUUUGUAGAGCCGAGUGGAAUUAAAUUUUCCGAAGAAUCUAAAAAUAUAUUGGACAAUUCAUUUCUUAUUUUCAGCUGUGACAUUUAGUCUGUGCACCGUAUGUGUUCAGCUGCUUCUUCCUUCCUCUUUUAAAAUUCACAGCAAUAUAAAUUUGCUUCAUCGAGUUAGUGCUGGGAGGGGUUGGGGGGGCAAGAGACGCUGUCAGCGCUGCACUCGAUCGCACCCGUGAACACGGACACAGGUCUCUCAGCGGAAGUCGACCGCAAAACCCCGACCGCAGCAGAAGUCCUUUGGGGGCUUUAUCAGCAUCAUUUUUGACAGGAAGUCACACACACACACACACACACACAGAAUCUGAAACCGCUGGUCUCACACACAAUUUAAUGGUGACUUAGUAGGGUGUAACCAAAAGAUUUGAAAAGGACUUGUGGCAGAAGUUUGCAGGUUCUAGACCCCGGCCAGGGCGCGGUUCUUGGACCCUUUGGGAAGGAGCUUUUCCCAGCUCCAUCACCUGGUGAACUGUGCCGUUGGCGUGUGACUCGGCCCAAACGACACACGCUCCUUCCGUCCCGGAACACCUCGGCGUGUUCCAACCUGAACGCGUUCCCUGCCGCAUUCCUGCCUCUCCGAACAAACACACUAGUCUCGUUAUCAGUUGAAGGAGACCAGCAGGAGGCGGAGCUCAUUGCGGGACCUUUCCUGCAGACAAGGUGUGUGAGCACACAGGAAAGCGACAGAGGAACACCUGGAAGUCCAGAGAGCGCGCGGCACAGGAGACCGAGGAUCUCCUGCAGAGACGGUUUCGGUUCGCAUUUAAAAGUACUUGCGCCCCGUCACCUUCGACAGGCGGACGCAUCCUCUGCGAUUGGUGCCCACACCUCUGGAAGACACAGGAGAAGAAACAAUCGGAGCGCGUGCCCGGGAGAUGGACGUCUCGCGUCGUCAAUGAUGUGGAGCCGGAGGCGGAGCCAGGAGUUGGAGGACUUUGAGGCUUUCUGCUUUUGGUGCGCAGUUGAUUAACGGUGCUGUUCCAGCACACCUCAGCCAUGUCUCCUUGGGCUCUUGCGUGUUUCCUCCUGCUCUGUGGCCCAGCAGCCGUCCGGAUGAUCGGUGCCGCCGGCCUUGCCGGCGCUCUUCCGCGCAACACAGUACCCUGCAACGAUGACAGUAUCACCCUAUUCAGGGUGGACGGGGUCUGGAACUACUCAUCCAUGCUGCUCAGAGAGGACCUGGGGCUCCUGCUGCUGGGAGCCAGAGAGGCUGUUUAUGGCCUGGACCUGAGGAACAUCUCACGCAAGACAGCUGAGGUGCAGUGGGCUGUCACACAGGACAAACAAGCGGAGUGUACCGAUAAAGGAAAAACCCUGAUGGACUGCUGGAACUACAUCCGCAUCCUGCACGUGCUGAAGGAUGGCCGAAUGUACGUGUGUGGGACCAACGCCUUCAGUCCGACCUGCGGCUAUAUGACUUAUGAAGGUGGACGACUUUCACUGCUGAGCACGAUGGAGGACGGCAAAGGAAUAUGUCCCUAUGACCCCUACCAAAGAUACUCUUCUCUCAUGGUUGAUGGGGCCCUUUACUCAGCCACCACCUUGAACUUCCUGGGAUCUGAGCCAUUGCUGCUGCGUAGCUUGACCACCGCACUCCGCACCGAAUUCCAGGCCAUGUGGCUCAACGAGCCUCAGUUUGUCUCCAUGGUGGAGGUCCCAGAGAGUGUGGGCAACGUGGAGGGGGACGAUGACAAGGUGUAUCUCUUCUUCAGCGAGAUCGCCGUGGAAUACGACUUCUCCAGCAAGCUGGCAGUGUCACGCGUUGCCCGUGUCUGUAAGAAGGACAAGGGGGGACAGCGGAUCCUACAGAAGAAGUGGACUUCGUUCCUGAAGGCCCGCCUUGACUGCCCUGUCCUGGAGUCCAGCCUCCCCUUCCUUGUCCAGGACGUCUUCCUGUGGCGCGCCAGUGACUGGAGGAACAGUGUUUUCUACGCAGUGUUCACACCCCAGUCAGCCUCUGUAGACCUCUCAGCAGUGUGCGCCUACAGCGUGACAGCUGUGGGUGACGUCUUCUCCAAGGGGAAGUUCAAGACACCCGUCACCGUGGAGACGUCCCACACCAAGUGGGUCAUGUACAGCGGAGAGCUGCCUGUUCCUCGGCCUGGAGCAUGCAUUGACAACACCGCGAAACAGAUGGGCAUCAUGACCACGCUGGAUCUGCCGGACAAAGUGCUGCAGUUUGUUCAGACCCAACCGCUCAUGGAUCCAGCGGUUGAGCCCUUGUCGGGACGCCCCCUGCUUGUGAAACGGGGAGCUGCGUUCACUCGCAUUGUGGUGGACAGAGUGACGGCACUAGAUGGCCAAAACUACACUGUCAUGUUUGUCGGCACAGAUAAUGGGUUUGUCCAGAAAGCUGUCAACUAUGAUGGAGAAAUGGUCAUCAUCGAGGAGAUGCAGCUGUUCCACCAGCCUGUGCCCAUUGAGAUCCUGCGUCUCUCUGUUGCCACGGGACAGCUGUAUGCAGGUUCAUCGCACGGUGCUGCCCAGGUAUCCCUGAGUGUGUGCGGUCGCUAUCGAUCGUGUCUUGACUGUGUCUUGGCCAGGGACCCCUACUGCGCGUGGAACCUCGCUGAGGGUCGUUGCACUGCGCUGCCACAUUUGCAGUCACUUCAAACCCGGAACCUGAUUCAGAGCGUUAAGGACGCGGAUGCCUCUACCUGUCCCAUCCCAGAAACCAUGGAGCCUGAGAAUAUGACAUUUACCACGGGAAUGAGCAUAAAACUGCCCUGCCAGCAGGGCUCCAAACGAGCAGCGGUGCACUGGCUGAAGGACGACCAGCCGCUGAACCCAUCUGAUGAAGACUACGUCCAUGAGGACAGCCUCCUGAUCCUGAGGACCUCGGCGGCCACGGCCGGCCGGUACGAGUGCCGGUCCGUGGAGUCGGCAAAGGGGCGGAAAUACACCGCCACGGUGGCCGUCUACAAGCUGCUGCUGAACGAGACGGUCAACGAGGGCAAGGACGUGAAGCCGCUCCCUCCCCAGCCAAAACCGCGCACCACUGGACACGACCUCCUGCCUCUGCAGGUGCCUUUGGUGGCUCUCGCUGUGACUCUGGCCGUCCUGUUGGCGUGGAACCUGUACCGUGGACACCUUUGCCUACCUGGGUGCAGACGCACGCAGGAGUCCGCCGGCAGCCCUUCCUCGCCCGGUCAGACGAACCCCGAAGCCGCGGAAGUCUCGGAAAUCACACUGCUACCGAACCGCAACAUCAACAACAACCACUUCAGCGUGACCUUCGCCGGCGGCAUGGACACCACGGCCUCCCCAAGAGACAAACGCUGCUCGGUGCCCCUUCAGUACAUCGACGAUGAGUCCGAGAUCUGACGUCCAUCACCCCUGCGAGAGACGCUGCCCUCGGACACAAAGGCUGCUGAUUACGACCGUGCGCCGCGUGUCCAGGGUGCGAGAGGGACAGCAAAGUGCCCCGAGGCCAUGGUGCCCUCAUCUUUGAUUUACCUUCACAGAAACCGCCUCUGCAGCCUUGGCAUUAAAAGCAGCUUUUUUUUAAUAUAUUUCAUGAACUUUUCAAAAAACGACUUGAAUGUAUCUAUCGGGUGUCGUCUGAGACAGAGCUAUUGAAGAAAGUUGCCCCGCGUGGCAGAUGAUGUUUAUCCAUCCCAUUGUACGGUCCUGGGGUUGGGGUUAGGGUUGUGUUUGCGGGGAACGACUGAAAGGGGUCAGAAGUGAGCUCUGACUUCCUUGGGGGUUGCGUGUCGAUGUGGACCGAGGACUCUGCCAGGCGGAACCGCAGAGCUGUGAUGUUGGCUCAAGAAAAACGGGAAAGAGCCGCUCGCUUGGGGGUGGUCUUCUCAAACGCUGGUUUCUGGAACUUUCCGCGGAUCCUUCCUGAACCAGUCGCUUCAUUAACUGUCCAUGCAGAAUUGGAGAAAGCGUCCGAUGGGAAGGUUCCCGAUUCCCUGAAACGGGAUCCAGUGUUUCUUCAGACGUCCCACAAGGAGAACGUUGGAAAAUUCCUGCUGACUUGAGCGCUAUCUCGUCACCGGGGCAAGACGGCACAGGCUGGGCAUUUGGUAACAGGCCGCGAUAUUGUUUUACGGCUCACAUGGCUAGCGAUACAGGUUUCGCAGAGUGACGCUCGGAUUACAGACGGUGCACGGCACGAUGUCCGAGGCUGAGGAGCGCACGUGUCGGUGCACGUAUCUCCUCCUUCUUCUCGUUAUUUGAGCUCCGCUCCGCUCCUCCUCCUCCUCCUCCUCCUCCAACAGCUGCUUCUUGCUUCCAGGUGCAGGUGUCUGAGCGCCGACCACAUUAACGUGGUGAAAUACAUGACGUGUCUCGCAUGAGAGCAGACGCAAUACCGGGGCCCGCGGUGCCUCCCGUGUCGCUCGGAGCCGCCCGAACGCUGCCGGUUCUUUGUCUCUCCGUAAACUGAAUGUGAACACACACGAAUGUUGAGUCGAGGCUCUUUUCGGUCGUCUCGCGACACUCAGCCGGGGAUGUAAUGUGUUCAGCCGGUACCUCUAAUUCAUAGCAGACUCCGUGUGUGUGCGUGUGUGCGCCUCCAUCCACUUACAUAUACAUUUAUUCAUUCAGCACAUGCUUUUCUCCAAAGAGGCGUACAACUCGGAGCAAACGGAAGUGUGUUUCACUGACAGGGACACACAUACAGGUACAGACACGGGAUACUGGAGGUACGGUGAAUUACCGCAGUUUUUGCUGCACAGGUAGCUGUGUGUGGAACUGAUGGGGAGGAACGUUUUUUUUUUUUUUUCUCUCCCCCCUCCUCUCCGAUCUCCUGGGAGAGCUUCUCACUCUCCACGUCCUCCGUCCUCUCCGGUGUCUCCGCGUGGCCUUACCGCGAGGGCUGCGCAGCGGCACAGCGGUAGCGUGGUCAGCGACGGUGCCGGUUCACACUGGUAAAAAUGUGCCGUUAUAAAAGCCGCGACAGAUUGUCGCAUGUGGUGAACAAAUGCACUGAAAAAAACCAAAUAUUUUUUACUUUUUGUACUUGCAAUGGUGUUUGUAUUCUGCGGUGUGUGCAGCUGCUGUGAAAAUACACAAAAUACACAGAG